CCAGCAGCCGCCGCCGGCCGGACGGGCGCAGCUCCCGCCGCCUCCGCUUCUCUCCCGCCGCCGAUCCCGCGCCCGCGCGUCCUUGCCCGGCAUGUCGGCGGCCGUGGCGUGCGUGGAUUACUUCGCCGCCGACGUCCUCAUGGCCAUCUCCUCCGGAGCCGUGGUGCAUCGCGGGCGACCCGGCCCCGAGGGCGCGGGCCCCACUGCCGGCCUGGAUGUGCGCGCCACGCGCCGCGAGGCCACGCCGCCGGGGACCCCUGGGGCACCGCCACCGCCAGCCACCGCUCCGGGCCCGGGAGGCGCCAGCGCUGCGCCCCACCUGCUGGCCGCCAGCAUCUUGGCCGAUCUGCGAGGCGGGCCCGGAGUCGCCACCGCAGCCAGCACGGCGGGGGGCACCUCUCCGGUCUCCUCCUCCUCGGCCGCUUCGUCGCCGUCUUCGGGCCGCGCCCCCGGCGCCGCCAAGAGCCACCGCUGCCCCUUCCCGGGCUGCGCCAAAGCCUAUUACAAGUCUUCGCACCUCAAGUCUCACCUGCGGACGCACACAGGUGAACGGCCCUUUGCCUGCGACUGGCCUGGCUGUGACAAGAAAUUCGCCCGUUCUGAUGAGCUGGCCCGCCACCACCGGACACACACAGGCGAGAAGCGGUUUCCCUGCCCCCUGUGUACCAAGCGCUUCACCCGCAGCGACCACCUGACCAAGCACGCCCGGCGCCACCCCGGCUUCCGCCCGGAACUGCUGCGACGACCCGGUGCCCGCAGCACCUCGCCCAGUGGCUCGUUGCCCUGCAGCCUGGCCGGCAGCCCCGCACCAAGCCCUGUCCCUAGCCCAGCUCCUGCCGGCUUGUAGAGCCCUGCUCUGUCCACCCUGGCGGUGACCUGCUUGCUAGGCCUUGGCAGGGAUUUCCAUCAAUGGACGAGUCUGCCCUCUGGAGAGCCCAUGUCCUGGAGUCCCGGCCCACGUCAAGGAAGCAUCAAGGGGACCGAGAAUGGACUUGGGUCACCAGGGGGUCUGGGAGGUGGCCUCGGGUUCUGUCUGUAAAUAGCCAUGAUCAACUGUCCCAUCCCCUCUGCAGGGACCCCCAGCGGGCAGUCGGCAGGCCGUCCAUGCCCCCGUCUGCCACCUCUGCCUUCCUCCUGGGUGGCAUUGGGCAUGGAGCCUAGCCACAGUCUCACUCUUAACCUUCAGCCCCUCGUCACUCCUCCAGGUUGGGACACAGGUACACAGAGCCAUAGGUGACUGGGGCUUCCCGUGGGCCCCGACCUGUCCCCACCCCACUGAAAGCCAUUGGCGGAAGUUCAGGGAAAUGGGGGGGGUGCAGCCUGGCUGGCCCCCCAACAUGGGUACUCAAAUCUCAGGUGUCUACAGGUUCUGCCCUCAAUAAGGGCCACCCCACACCCCCAGCCCUGGGAAAAUCGGAGACGCUGCAGUUUUCAGAGAACUUAGGGUUAGGGGGCGCAGGCAGGGUGUGUGGAGGUCCCCUCAGAGAGCAUCACCACUCACUUUGGGGUACGGUGCUGGGCAGGUGGGAAACAUUAUUUAUUGUCCUCUCUGACUGUUGGCCUGGGGGAGCCUGGCUCCCCCUAGCUGGGUGUGUAUGAUGUGAGAGGCAGUGGGUGUCUGAUGCCUGGGACCCUGCCUCCCUCCUGCUGGAUUCGGGUCCUGAGUUUGGCCCCUGUGGCAUUGCGUCUCAGACAAUCUUCUAUAGGACCUGUGUGGCCAUCAGGCUAGGGGUGCAGGACGCUGCCCUGCCCUUCAUGUCCUCCACACCCCUGCGUGUCUGCGGAGGUGGCCUUGGACUCCAGGCCUGGAAGCAGGGGCUCAGCUCCUGGGCCUUCUGGGAUGGCUCGGGUUUUUUUGGAUGGGAUAGAUUAUUUUUUCAGGCUCCCGUUCCUUGUUUCAGGGGGGUCCCCUUGUGUGGCCGCCAUCCUCAGGGGUAUGAGUGUCGGGGGGAGGUCUCUCCCGAAAGAGUCUAACUUAGAGUCCUCUUCUUGUUGUGGCUUGGAGUUCCUUUUCUAGAAGGGCAACUCGGGGACGUCCCCCCCAAGGAGUUGGGAACCCAGAGGAAGUUGAGCUGUCCCAUAUUGGCUCUAGGAGGUUUCUGGCAUCCCCAUUUGUUCCAGAACCGUCCAUCCCCCAAUGAGGGAGGCUUUGGGUACCGCCACCUUUACCUGAGCCUACCUGGAGGGAGGCCUGCCUUCUGGAGCUGGGCUCGGAGGGUCCUAGGCCAGCCACCCUCACAGGUACUUCCAUUCGCCCCUUCUCUUGGCCACAGAAAUGAGAUGCCUUAGUCGGUGGGGUGGGGGUUGGGGCCCCAUUCUUUUGUGUCUUGGAUGUAUCUUUCGUCAUCCCAGCUCCUGCUGGUCUCCUGCCCUUCCUGCAAACUGGAAAGGUUUAGGGUCCCAGGACCUUGGGAGGAAACUCCAUAAGCAAGCAGAGCUUUCUUGGUGUCCUUCCCUCCCCCCCUAACUUCAGGUUCUGGUUGGCCACGGGAACUUGGGUCUAACCAUUGAGGGGUAGUGUCUGAGCACAGGCAGGACAGGGGUCCUGAGGGAUUUGUUCUUUCUGGGGAGGGGCACCCCUCCUCCAUUCCGCCUGGCCGCUCACCCUUGUAUUUAAUUAAAGAACCCCUUUUUUAAAGA